UUUAGUGAAAUAUUAAAUUUUUUUGCUAUAUAUAUCUUCAGAUUAUUUUCUAUAUCUUUCUGCAUGAUCACCGCUUAUGUUUUAUUGGUAAAACAACUUUAUCCAGAAUCAACGUUCCACCGUUAUAAUCUUACUGAAAUGAGCUCAAGUUCUACUGAAUAGCUUCAACAUCUUAUUGUGGUUUAAUCGAAUCAUAUUGUAAUAACCUUAAAAGAAUUUAUCAUUCAUUAUAAAUUGUGUGAUUCCCACAUAUGACCAUUAAUUGUGUUGUCGGCUUUUCUCAUACUCGUACUUAAUAUGCGUUUAACGACUUUGUGGAUUAGUUGAAAUGCAAAUGCAAAGCUUUCAAGACCUUAACAAGUUAUAAUCAACUAUUAGUUGUAGUACAUUGAACUGUUAUAAACUGUCGUAAGCUGACUUUAGCUCUUUAUGAAUAAGACAUUUUGUAUUGCAAAACUUUUCCAUCAAUAUUAAUGACUCAGAAGAUUUGAACUGAAACAAAUUCAAACGAAUCAUACUUUGGCAUUCAGAGAAAUAUUUAUUUCGCAUUGAACCGGGUAUCCUCCUAAAAUGUAAUACUCUAUAGAACGGAUACAUCUCUUUUGCUUACUGUUCUAUUACUUCAAGUAUCUUAUUGAAGGUGAGGCUGCAUGUUGUCCGUUCAUUCAACCCACAUGCCUUGUUUCAUGUAACUUUGAUAAUGGGUUUGUAAAAUAUAUACCAGGGAUGACUCCUGAUUCUCACGACUCAAUAAAAAUUAGAACAACAUAGCUCUCAGAACGAAAAAAAAAUCGCCGAUUCAAAAAUAUAUUUCUACUGAGAUAAAUGGUGAAUCUCAAUUGUUUCGAGCGAGCUACCCAGAGCCAGUUGCUGUUCUUAAAAAUGCUGUGUUUAUUGUAAAAAAUGUUGUUGCACUACAGCAUAUAGCUACCAUACAAACUGAACGAUCGGAAUCAAAUGCUUGUAUGAAAAACUCUUUUACUUGACGAGGUACCUUCACAAAAUUAGGCGUGGGUUAUUGUUUAAAGCAACAAUGUUCUCCGAAGAAAUUAUUCAGAUCAGAUUAUUCAGAAGAGAUUAUUCAGGAACCUUUGUAUUUGUGAAGGAUAUUAUAGCUUCGAUGCAACCGAAGUUAACGUUUUUUCUUGUUUUAAAUAAUUAUAUAUGGACUAUUAUAUUAUUUUGAUUUUGAUAAUGAGAGGGAAGGAGCUUGGCUGAAGGGCUAAAAUUACAAUUUUUUUACACUCUUUCUCUUCGAUGAUUCAUUAGUCGGCAUUGUGAAUCCAUAAAUUGUAUGCAAUAGACCGAAAUAAUAAUAAUUAUGUUUGUUAAAGCAUUGUAUCUACUAAUACAUUAUAUAUAGUACAUAUGUACAUCCAACAUCAUAGAAACAGUCAACAGACACCAUUAUCAUGAACCGAAAACCAUCCCACGUCAAUUUUAUGCUUCAUUGAUUUCAAAUUCAAUGACAACUCCAUUUCAAAAGUUACCACAAUAUGCAUAAUUAUAUUUGUGCAUGUAUGUAUGUAUGCAUAUAUGCAUGCUAAUCAGUUAUUUUUGGUGCAAAAAAACAAGUAUAAAAUCGGUAUAGACUUGGUCAACCACAAUAACAGGCGACCGUUGGCCAACAUCGAAUGUGCAUUCAAACACACACAUAUACAUUUGUACAUAUGUAUAUGCAUAUUUCGUGCUGAUGCGACGAGAGAGCGUUUACAGCCAUCAGUGAGAGUGAUGAAGUGCCUAUAGCGUGCGAAUGGGCGCCAACAACUUCGGCCAAGCGCUUUGAGCCGGGUUCAAAUCAGUUGUUAACAUUGCAUGGCUGUGUGCAGUAGCGCGACUUUUAGCAAACGUUUCGACCAACGGCAAACGGCAAAACAAUACGAGACGCGUUAGUGAAAUUUAUUCUUCUUCAGGGUGUUAGCGAAGGUUAAAACGGUUGGUGAUAUACAUAUAGUGCACGCAACUAACUCGGCGAUUGUUUUAAUUUCGGAAAAAAUAUACAAAAAUACAAACAAACAAGCGAAUGCAUAAGUGCGAAUUCGAACUAAAACUGAAUAGAAAUGUGUUGAGCAAUUUGAAUGCAAUGCUUAUUCCAUUGUAACCGCUGCAAAACGCAACAACGUGUCUAAAGCACCGCUGCACCUUCAUUAAGUGAUUGUUACUUUUUUCUUAAAAACCAAAAUAGUUUUAACUCGGAAAAAUGGUGAAACUCGCCGCGAAAAGCAAUUUGCAAUUGCCUUGUCUCCUGUUAUGUGCGAUUUGUGGACUUAUAGGGAAUGUCGCAACCAAGCCAACAAUCAACUUCAGCCUGCCACAAAGCUUCCAAGGCUUUCCCUCAUUCGCCUCGUUCACGCAGCAAUACUUCGAGAGUCGCAAUUUGCGACAGAUGAAAACGUACAGUGGAAAGCGGCUUACGAAUGACUCGUUAAUAAUGAUCUACUAUCAUGACUCUACCAUUGCCGUGACCGAGUUGGGACCAGAGAAGCUGUUGUUGGGUUGCGAACUGAUUGAAAUUUACAAUGAAAGCGAUGGAAAAACUUUACUCGAAGGGCUUUCCAAAUAUAAUCGGCCGCUUCGAAUAACAUUCGAGGAAAUGCUGAAACUAAUGAACCAAUGUGAGCGUGUCGACAAGCUGACAUAUGCUUCGCGCAAUCGAGGCAAAUCCAUAGAUGUCAGUGCGAGCAACGACAGUCCCGCGAAUAAUGGUGGUGCCAAUUUGGCGGCAAAUAUAUUUCCGAAAAGUCCAUUUUCAUUAUUGAGCGGCAUAAUACCGGGCACAAAAUGGUGUGGCACCGGCGACAUUGCGGAAACCUACAGUGAUUUGGGUACUGAAAUGGAUAUGGAUCGAUGCUGUCGCCUGCACGAUCUGUGCCCGGUAAAAAUACGUGCCUAUCAAAACAAAUACGAGCUGAUGAAUGACUCCUUAUAUACAAAAUCUCACUGCAUAUGCGACGAUAUGCUUUACUCCUGUCUCAAAAGUGCUAACACGUCGGCGGCGCAACUGAUGGGCUCAAUCUACUUCAACCUGGUGCAAGUGCCCUGCUUAGCAGGGAACAAUGACAAAUAUCGCUUUCGAGCGGCCAAAGAAGGAUUUUAAAGGAGCAACAAUCUUUGAGAUAUUUUAUUUAUAAUAAAUAAAAUUAUAAAAACGUGCAAAGCGGGAAUUGCCAAACUUUUGUAAAAUAUUUUUUAUAAUAUUCUUUUUGUACAAAACUUAAUUUGUUGUUAUGUAUGUUUGCGAUAGCACUUAAGGACUAGCAUGAACCGAAUAUACAAAUUUUUAUUUAUUUAUACUUUUUCACAAAAAAUAAAGCUAUGGUUAUUUAUUUAUAAACAAAAA